GAGGAGCUGUGGGUGCAGCCAGCCUUGGAGAUGCCGAAAAGACGGGACAUCCUUGCAAUCGUCCUUAUCGUGCUGCCCUGGACACUGCUCAUCACCGUCUGGCACCAGAGCACCCUCGCGCCCUUACUCACCGUGCACAAGGAUGAGGGCAGUGAGCCCCGGCACGACGCGCCCCCAGGCACAGACCCCAGGGAGUACUGCAUGUCCGACCGCGACAUCGUGGAGGUGGUGCGCACUGAAUACGUGUACACGCGGCCCCCGCCGUGGUCUGACACGCUGCCCACCAUCCACGUGGUGACGCCCACCUACAGCCGCCCGGUGCAGAAGGCCGAGCUGACGCGCAUGGCGAACACCCUGCUGCACGUGCCCAAUCUGCACUGGCUGGUGGUGGAGGACGCACCGCGCCGCACGCCGCUCACUGCACGCCUGCUGCGCGACACGGGCCUCAACUACACGCACCUGCACGUGGAGACGCCCCGCAACUACAAGCUCCGGGGCGACGCCCGCGAUCCCCGCAUCCCUCGGGGCACCAUGCAGCGCAACCUGGCCCUGCGCUGGCUGCGGGAGACCUUCCCGCGCAACUCCAGUCAGCCCGGCGUGGUGUACUUCGCAGAUGACGACAACACCUACAGCCUGGAGCUCUUUGAGGAGAUGCGCAGCACCAGGAGAGUGUCCGUGUGGCCCGUAGCCUUCGUUGGCGGCCUUCGGUACGAGGCCCCACGGGUGAACGGGGCAGGGAAGGUGGUUGGCUGGAAGACUGUGUUCGACCCCCACCGACCAUUUGCAAUAGACAUGGCUGGAUUUGCGGUCAACCUGCGGCUCAUUCUACAGCGAAGCCAGGCUUACUUCAAGCUCCGUGGAGUGAAGGGAGGCUACCAGGAAAGCAGCCUCCUCCGAGAGCUUGUCACCCUCAAUGACCUGGAGCCCAAGGCAGCCAACUGCACCAAGAUCCUGGUCUGGCACACGCGGACAGAGAAGCCCGUGCUGGUGAAUGAGGGGAAGAAGGGCUUCACUGACCCCUCGGUGGAGAUCUGA